AAGGAUUGGAAAAGUGAAGCUAUAAUUGCAGUUGAGGAAGUCAGAGCCCUACCUGAUUUUGUUGUUGCUGAGAAAACAAGCAGCAAUAUUUUGGAUCGCCUGUCAGGACGCAGGCGAGGCCGUCAUGAUGAAGCACUGACCUUAAUGCAUCAUGAACUGGCCUGCAUUGCUAGGGAAAUGGAACCUUUUGUUUUGGAGCCUGGAAAUUUGCUUUUGUCAAAACUAUUGGAAUCAGAUAGAAAAAUCAAACUUCUGUUCAAAAAGAUUGAGCUCCAUACUGAUCUGGAAGGCUUCUCAAUAGAAAGUUUGGAAGAACUGUGGGAUGUCGUCCACGAGGAGUUCUUGACCAGAAAGAAGUGGAUUAGGGAAAUGGAUGAAACCUUAAAAAUGGUCGAAUGGAGUCGAACUGACAAAAUAACAGAUGUACUGAGAAAGUACACCGUGAUGUUGGAGGACAUUUCCUUCCUCUUACCACCUGAUGUCUACAGGUUCAUGAAUGAUGAAGCCAUGAUUAUUAACAGAGCCCUAUUGGCCAAUCGGAGGGCAAUUGCCAAACUGUUCUUUAAUCUAAUGAAAAUGGAGUUGAAAAGGGAAUUAUCACACAGGUUGAAAUGGCAAGAUAAGGUGAAGGACUGGAGGCUCCUGCAAAAGAGCUAUGCGCUUCACAGUUUCAGAGAAUUUAUGGCAAGUGAAGAAAUACAGAAUCCACCGGCAGUGCAACAAGAAGUGGAAAACAUGAUAAAGAAUCAGAUUUUAGUUGAUGAAAGAAGACUAGAAUUUCUGCAAAGCCUUGGUCAUCUGUUGCCUCCUACACACACGAAAGCCGAGAUGAAUGAAUGGUAUGAAUCGUUGGUGGAUUUAAACAGAAGCAUAGAUACCCACAACGUGCAGUGUCUGGUGAAAAUUCGUGCCCAAUAUGAGAAGGUCCAACAGAAAUGUUUGGCAGAAGUGCAGUUGUGCAAGUACCAGAAGAAUAAGCAGAAAGUUUGGUACCUCAACUUUUAG